ACAAAGAAGAAAAACGAAAGAAAACAAAGUAUUAUUUUGUGGCGGAAGAAGCGGGUUUGAGGACUCUGUGAAAAGUAGCCGACCCAGCCAACCUUCCACUCUCCUUUUUAGUCCUUGUAGAAAGCGAAACAAAAUUAUUUACAAAGAAAAAACAAAAAAGAAAUCAAAAAUACAAAAAAACCCUCAGAAGUUGCAAGUUAGAAGACAAGGCACAAACUCCUCUCUCUCUAUUUCUCUCUCUCUCUACUUUCUCUCUCUAAGAGACUAAAACCCUUUUUUCUUUGCUUGUGUAGAUUUCUUUCCUGGUUAGCCCAACUGAUCAUUCAUUGGUUUCAAAUCUUCAUUUCUCUGCCCAAUUCAUUUAUGGAUCUACUUUCUCCACUUCCAGCAUGAGCUUCUGAGCUCCCCAAAAGCUCUGAAACCCGAAACCCAAAACCCAAUUUCAAUCGAUUCAGCUCAGAAAGUGGAAGAAGCCAAAUCGGGAAGAUGAAAGUGCCGUGCUGCUCCGUCUGCCAGACGCGCUACGACGAGGAAGAAAGAGUCCCGCUUUUGCUUCAGUGCGGCCAUGGCUUCUGCAAGGACUGCUUGUCUCGGAUGUUCUCUUCUUGUACCGAUACCACCCUCGUCUGCCCCAGGUGCCGCCACGUGUCCGUCGUCGGCAACUCCGUUCAGGCCCUCCGCAAGAACUUCGCCGUGCUCGCUCUGAUUCACUCGAGUUCCAAUGCCGUCUCGUCUGCCUCCGCCGCCAAUUUCGAUUGCGACUACACGGACGACGAGGAUGGGGAUGAUGAUGAGGAGGACGAUGGGGACCGGCGAUGUAGCCGUGGGUCCCACACCUCAAGCUCGGGCGGGUGCGGGCCGGUGAUGGAGCUGGCAGUGCACCAAGACUUGAGAUUGGUGCGGCGGAUAGGGGAGGGGAGGCAGGCCGGGGUCCAAAUGUGGACUGCAGUGAUUGGCGGCGGAGGCGGGCGGUGCCGCCACAAGGUAGCGGUGAAGAAGGUGGCAGUGGCGGAGGAGACGAGUAUGGAUUGGGUGAUGGGGCAGCUGGAGAAUUUGCGGCGGGCAUCGAUGUGGUGUAGGAAUGUGUGCACAUUUCAUGGGGCUAUGAAGAGUGAAGGCACUUUGUGUCUUGUUAUGGAUAGGUGUUAUGGGUCUGUUCAGUCCGAGAUGCAGCGCAAUGAGGGCAGGCUUACUUUGGAGCAAAUCCUAAGAUAUGGGGCUGACAUUGCACGAGGAGUGGCUGAACUCCAUGCGGCAGGAGUUGUUUGUAUGAAUCUGAAACCGUCCAAUCUUCUUUUGGAUUCAAGUGGUCACGCGGUGGUUUCUGAUUAUGGAGUUGCUGCAAUUCUGAAGAAACCUUCCUGCCGGAAAGCUCGACUGGAGUGUGAUACCUCAAGGAUCCAUUCUUGUAUGGAAUGUACGAUGCUCAGCCCCCACUAUGCAGCCCCAGAGGCAUGGGAGCCAGUGAAGAAAUUAUUGAAUCCAUUUUGGGAGGAUGCUAUUGGUAUUUCUGCAGAGUCAGAUGCAUGGAGUUUUGGUUGUACAUUGGUAGAAAUGUGCACUGGUUCCAUUCCAUGGGCUGGUUUAAGCACAGAGGAAAUUUAUCGGGCUGUAAUCAAGGCUCGGAAACUGCCUCCACAAUAUGCAAGUGUAGUAGGUGUUGGAAUACCUAGGGAAUUGUGGAAAAUGAUUGGUGAGUGCCUGCAGUUCAAGGCAUCAAAAAGACCGUCUUUUAGUUCAAUGUUAGCAACAUUUCUCCGUCAUUUGCAGGAGAUACCACGGAGCCCUCCUGCAAGUCCUGAUAAUGGUUUAGCUAAAUGCUCUGGAUCAAAUGUGACGGAACCAUCUCCUGUAUCCCAUUCAGAAGUUUUUCAGGCUAACCCCACCCUUCUGCAUAGACUUGUGUCCGAAGGGGAUGUACACGGUGUUAGAGAUCUGCUUGAAAAGGCUGCAGCAGAAAGUGAUAACAGCGCAGUAUUGUCUUUAUUAGAAGCUCAAAAUGCUGAUGGCCAAACUGCUCUCCAUUUGGCCUGUAGACGUGGUAGUGCAGAACUUGUUGAUGCCAUUUUGGAGCAUCGAGAGGCAAAUGUGGAUGUCUUGGACAAAGAUGGGGAUCCUCCACUUGUUUUUGCUUUAGUUGCUGGAUCCCCAGAAUGCGUUCGUGCUCUCAUUAACAGAGGCGCUAAUGUGAGAUCUAGGUUGCGGGAAGGCUUUGGCCCGUCUGUUGCUCAUGUCUGUGCCUAUCAUGGCCAGCCUGAUUGUAUGCGUGAGUUACUAAUGGCUGGGGCAGAUCCUAAUGCAGUGGAUGAGGAAGGUGAAUCUGUACUACAUAGAGCUGUUGCCAAGAAAUAUACAGAUUGUGCACUUGUCGUUUUGGAAAAUGGGGGCUCUAGGUCAAUGUCCGUUUUAAAUUCAGAAAAAUAUACACCAUUGCACUUGUGUGUGGCAACAUGGAAUGUUGCUGUUGUUAGAAGGUGGGUGGAAGUUGCAACACCAGAAGAGAUUGCCGAUGCAAUUGAUAUACCAAGUUCAGUUGGCACCGCGUUGUGCAUGGCAGCUGCUCUAAAGAAAGAUCAUGAAAUUGAAGGAAGAGAAAUGGUGCAUAUUUUGCUUGCUUCUGGAGCAGAUCCAACUGCUCAAGAUGCCCAGCAUGGACGGACAGCUUUGCAUACAGCUUCAAUGGCCAAUGACGUUGAGUUGGUCAAGAUUAUACUUGAUGCUGGAGUUGAUGUGAACAUUCGGAAUGUACAAAAUACAAUUCCUCUUCAUGUAGCAUUGGCCAGAGGGGCGAAGUCAUGUGUCGGACUGCUUCUAUCUUCUGGAGCAAAUUAUAAUUUACAGGAUGAUGAAGGUGACAAUGCUUUCCAUAUAGCAGCAGAUGCAGCAAAAAUGAUACGUGAAAAUCUUGAAUGGCUUAUUGUUAUGCUUAGAAAUCCUGAUGCUUCUGUUGAAGCCAGAAAUCACAGCGGCAAGACAUUACGUGACUUUUUGGAGGCCCUUCCCCGGGAAUGGAUAUCUGAAGAUCUGAUGGAGGCACUUGUAAAUCGGGGAGUUUUUCUGUCUCCUACAAUAUUUGAUGUGGGAGACUGGGUGAAAUUUAAAAGAAGUAUAACAACUCCUACAUAUGGCUGGCAAGGUGCAAAACAUAGAAGUGUUGGGUUUGUGCAAGGUGCCCCAGAUAAGGACCAUUUGUUAGUAUCAUUUUGUUCCGGAGAGGUUCGUGUUUUGGCAAAUGAAGUUGUAAAAGUUAUUCCUUUAGACAGGGGACAGCAUGUCCAGCUGAAACCAGAUGUCAAAGAGCCCAGGUUUGGGUGGCGUGGGCAGUCACGUGAUAGCAUUGGUACUGUAUUGUGUGUUGAUGAUGAUGGUAUCCUACGCGUUGGGUUUCCUGGAGCCUCCAGAGGAUGGAAAGCUGAUCCUGCGGAGAUGGAAAGAGUUGAAGAAUUCAAGGUUGGGGACUGGGUUCGUAUUCGUCCUACUCUUACAACAGCAAAGCAUGGACUGGGAUCUGUUACACCUGGGAGCAUUGGUAUUGUGUAUUGUAUAAGACCUGAUAGUAGUCUAUUGCUAGAACUGAGCUAUCUUCCAAGUCCAUGGCAUUGUGAACCAGAGGAGGUUGAACCUGUAAUCCCAUUCAGGAUUGGUGACAGGGUAUGCGUGAAGCGAUCUGUUGCAGAACCUAGGUAUGCAUGGGGUGGUGAGACACACCAUAGUGUUGGAAGAAUAAGUGAGAUAGAGAAUGAUGGCCUCCUGGUAAUUGAAAUUCCUAAUCGACCAAUACCAUGGCAGGCCGAUCCUUCUGACAUGGAGAAGGUGGAAGACUUCAAGGUAGGGGAUUGGGUUAGAGUUAAAGCUUCAGUGCCCUCUCCCAAAUACGGAUGGGAGGAUAUUACAAGGAACAGUGUUGGGAUAAUUCAUAGCUUGGAGGAAGAUGGUGAUAUGGGUGUCGCCUUCUGCUUCAGGAGCAAGCCUUUUUCUUGUUCUGUCACAGAUGUGGAGAAGGUGCCCCCUUUUGAAUUAGGGCAAGAGAUUCAUGUGAUGUCAUCUAUUACUCAGCCACGACUUGGAUGGUCAAAUGAAAGUGCAGCAACUGUUGGAAAAAUAGUUAGAAUUGACAUGGAUGGAGCUUUGAAUGUAAAAGUGCCUGGUCGACAGAGCUUGUGGAAAGUUUCUCCUGGAGAUGCGGAACGACUCUCUGGAUUUGAAGUUGGUGACUGGGUACGUUCUAAACCAAGCCUGGGAACUCGACCAAGUUAUGAUUGGAACAGCAUUGGAAAGGAAAGUUUAGCUGUUGUGCAUAGUGUACAAGAUACAGGUUAUCUGGAGUUAGCUUGUUGUUUUCGUAAAGGCAGGUGGAUAACUCAUUACACAGAUGUUGAAAAGGUUCCAUGCUUAAAAAUAGGGCAGUAUGUUCGGUUCCGGACUGGACUAGUUGAACCAAGAUGGGGCUGGAGAGGGGCUCAACCUGAUUCACGUGGCAUCAUAACUAGCGUUCAUGCUGAUGGGGAAGUCAGAGUGGCUUUCUCUGGUUUGCCAGGGUUGUGGAGAGGAGAUCCUGCGGAUCUUGAAAUAGAGCAGAUUUUUGAAGUUGGGGAGUGGGUGAAAUUAAAAGAUCAUGCAAGUAUUUGGAAAUCCAUUGGGCCGGGCAGUGUCGGAGUGGUGCAAGGAUUGGGAUAUGAUGGCGAUAAAUGGGAUGGAACGACUUUUGUUGGAUUUUGCGGCGAGCAAGAAAAAUGGGUUGGGCCUACCUCUGAUCUUGCUAGGGUGAACAGGCUCAUGGUUGGCCAGAAGGUUAGGGUUAAACUAUCUGUCAAGCAGCCAAGAUUUGGGUGGUCAGGCCACAGCCAUGCAAGUCUUGGAACUAUAUCCACAAUUGAUGCUGAUGGCAAGCUGAGAAUAUACACCCCAGCUGGUUCAAAAGCUUGGAUGUUGGAUCCAUCGGAAGUGGAGCUUGUCGAGGAAGAGGAGCUUCACAUUGGAGAUUGGGUUAGGGUUAAGGCAUCAGUUUCAACUCCAACCCACCAGUGGGGAGAGGUGAGUCGUUCGAGCGUUGGGGUGGUGCACCGCAUGGAAAAUGAGGAGCUCUGGGUUGCAUUUUGCUUCACAGAGAGGUUGUGGCUUUGCAAGGCAUCGGAAAUAGAACGGGUUAGGCCAUUUAAAAUGGGGGACAAAGUGAGAAUUAGAGAAGGGCUGGUGAGCCCACGGUGGGGCUGGGGAAUGGAGACUCAUGCAAGCAAAGGACAGGUAGUGGGGGUGGAUGCAAAUGGGAAGUUAAGAAUUAAAUUCCGGUGGAGAGAAGGGAGGCCAUGGAUCGGAGAUCCUGCUGAUGUUGCUCUUGAUAAAAGCACGUAACACAACUCAUCCAACUUAUGUUCUUCUCAAUUGGCUCCUCCACUUUCAGGGGUUCUCGCCCUCUCUCGGCUUGUGCAGAUAAGUGCGAAUGCCAUUGUGACCGCACAAUGCGAUCGGAUCUGCUCCGAAACUAUAACUUUGUUGUAAUGGGCUCUGAAGGGAUAAUUUAUUUGUUAAUACAGAAGAGUACAAGAGAUGGAUAGAUAGGAAACGGGGGGAAAUUGUCUUGCCUUACUGUUAAUUAUAGGGGACCCAACGGAGGCAGAGAGAGGUGGCAGUUUGCCAUACGUGUUUCAUAGGUGUUGUGCAGUUGACAAGCGUUUGAGGUAUAUAUAUAUAUGAGGUUAUUUAUAUUGA